CCAGCACGCGCAGGCGGUCGUCCUCCAGAGGUGCAGCGGCAGCUAACGCUCCACAACACUGUUUCUAUAUAUGUGCUGUCACAGUGCAGACAGCGGUUGUAAACAUGGCGACGGACGGGAUGGUGCUCACCAACCACGACCAUCAGACCCGAGUGGGAAUUCUGACUGUGAGUGACAGUUGUUUCAAGAACUUGGCUGAGGACAGGAGUGGGGUCAACUUGAAGGACCUGGUCCAUGAUCCAUCACUUUUAGGUGGUGUUAUCGCAGCCUAUAAAAUCGUUCCAGAUGAGAUUGAUGAAAUCAAGGAAACUCUUUUGGAAUGGUGUGAUGACCAGGAGGUUAAUCUCAUUCUCACUACUGGAGGAACCGGAUUUGCACCACGAGAUGUUACGCCAGAGGCCACCAGAGAAGUGAUUGAGAGAGAGGCUCCAGGCAUGGCUCUGGCAAUGCUGAUGGGAUCCCUUAACGUUACACCGCUAGGCAUGCUGUCCAGGCCAGUGUGCGGUAUCCGUGGUAAAACUCUGAUCAUCAACCUGCCAGGGAGCAAGAAGGGCUCUCAGGAGUGUUUUCAAUUCAUCCUUCCUGCACUCCCCCAUGCCAUUGACUUGCUGCGCGAAGCCUCGGUCAGGGUUAACUCCGUACAUGCCGCCCUUGAACAGCUGCCUUCUCCUUCUCUGCUGGCCAACGCACACACCAACACGCAUGCCCACUCACACACCAUGGAGCGUGGCACCCAAUGCGAGGAGGAGGACGAUGAUGAGGAAGACAGGAGGAGAGGUCGACAUACACACCACCACCAUCACCAGCAUGGCUCCUCCCACAUCACCGCGGCUGCUAUAGCUGCAAAGACCAACCAUGCUGUGGUCAUGGCUAAGGGGGCCCCCUAUCUGCCUGGUAACACGGCUGCCCCUCCCACUCAUUUCACCUGCUCCUGUUCCCAUGACCAGCAGAUUCCAGACUCGAUCAUUUCUCGAGGUGUUCAGGUGCUUCCUCGAGAUUCUGCCUCUUUGAGCUCUACUCCUUCUGAAUCACCACGGGCAACACAGGCGACCUCCCGCCUUUCCACUGCAUCAUGCCCAACCCCUAAGGUCCAGUCCCGAUGUGGCAGUAAUGAGAACAUCCUGAGGGCCAGCCACAGUGCAGUAGACAUCAGCAAAGUGGCACGACGUCAUCGGAUGUCCCCAUUUCCACUGACAUCAAUGGACAAAGCCUUCAUCACUGUAUUAGAGAUGACUCCUAUUCUGGGAAUUGAAGUUAUUAACUACAGAGACGGAUUGGGUCGAGUGCUCGCUCAGGACAUCUAUGCCAAAGACAACCUUCCUCCAUUUCCUGCCUCAGUUAAAGAUGGCUAUGCUGUAAGAGCUGCUGAUGGCCCAGGAGAUCGCUUCAUCAUGGGAGAAUCACAGGCUGGACAACAGCCCACCCACACAGUGAUGCCAGGCCAGGUGAUGAGGGUGACAACCGGUGCUCCCAUUCCUUGUGGUGCUGAUGCAGUAGUCCAAGUGGAAGAUACAGAACUUUUGAGGGAGUCUGAAGAUGGCACCGAAGAGUUAGAAGUGAGGAUUAUGGUGCAGGCUCGGCCUGGACAGGACAUCAGGCCAAUAGGUCAUGACAUCAGACGAGGAGAGUGUGUGUUAGCUAAAGGAACACACAUGGGCCCAUCAGAGAUCGGUCUUCUGGCUACAGUGGGUGUGACUGAUGUCAGCGUGCACAAGUUCCCAGUGGUGGCUGUCAUGUCAACUGGAAAUGAGCUGUUGAAUCCAGAGGACGACCUCCACCCAGGGAAGAUCAGAGACUCCAACCGCUCGACUCUGCUCGCGACCAUCCAGGAACAUGGAUACCCCACCAUCAACCUGGGCAUUGUUGGAGACAACCCUGAUGACCUGCUCUCAGCUCUCCAUGAGGGAAUCAGUCGUGCUGAUGUCAUCAUCACCUCAGGGGGUGUGUCCAUGGGAGAGAAGGACUUCCUUAAGCAAGUGCUGGACAUUGACCUUCAUGCUCAGAUUCACUUUGGACGCGUGUUCAUGAAGCCAGGUCUUCCUACUACAUUUGCCACUGUUGACAUUGAUGGAGCACGGAAACUCAUCUUUGCUCUGCCAGGUAACCCAGUGUCUGCAGUGGUCACAUGUAAUCUCUUUGUGAUUCCUGCACUGAGGAAGAUGCAAGGCAUUCUGGACCCUAGACCCACAAUUAUUAAAGCGAGGCUUUCGUGUGAUGUCAAGCUGGAUCCUCGACCAGAGUACCAUCGCUGCAUUCUAACCUGGCAUCACCAGGAGCCACUGCCCUGGGCUCAAAGCACAGGUAACCAAGUGUCCAGCAGGCUAAUGUCAAUGCGGAGUGCCAACGGCCUGCUGAUGUUGCCUCCUAAAACAGAGCAGUAUGUGGAACUACACAAGGGAGAGGUUGUGGAUGUCAUGGUCAUCGGGCGUCUAUGAUGCAGAUUGCAGUCACUCGAGACAAAUAAAUUGACGGUGCUGGGACUUACUGUCUGGACAGGGGAAAAAAUGGGCGGGGGCAUCUAUUAGCUAUGAUGUCAUAUGCAACAGCCAACUGGAGCCAGCAGAGACUGAAUCCUCAUAGGUCUGCAUUGAGAAGAUUAAAAAAAAUGUGAAGAAAAAUAUAAAAAUGAGAUUUAUUCUGUAAUAUUAUAAAAUUCUCCUGAUUAUAAUAAUGAAUAUUUGUACUUCAUAUUAUUAUUAUUAUUAUUAUGGUUCUGAUUGAAUAUCAUCAUCAUUGUAGUAAUCCCAUUAUUGUCUCUCCAUUUUAUUUGCGUUGUGCGUUCAGCAUUUUUUCCUUAGUAGAUAUAGAGCUAUAGAAUGACUUUUUCCUCUGCUUCUGCCACACACCCUAGAUCCUUUUACCUUUGUCCUCUUUAUUUCCGAUCUCCCCCACCCCCUCAUCAAAAUAUCUAGACCCUCUCAAAACCCCUUUGGUAGAAUCACAUCUCACUCUGCAUAGGUCUUCCCCAGACUUCUUUUUGCCCACUCAAACAAUACAAACAGCAGCAAUGAUGCGUUGUAUUACACAAUAAAACUCAUGACUCGCUGAAAGCGGUGGAUCAUCAGCAAAGUCUUACUCGAAUGCCACCUGAAAACCAUAAACGGCAAAUACAGACCUUAAAAACAAAAACAUUAGAAAUUGACUGUGGUAAGUGGCUCAUACCUGGCUUAACUCAUGUAUGCAAGAGUGAUUCAGUCCAGGGCACCUGCUUGUAGCGUGUGGAAUAUUUUCCCACUAUAACCAAGAGGCCCGUGUAAGAAGGUGCGGAGUCACGAACACAUUUACGAGGGACAGUCAUCAAAUAAUGAGCCCAAUAUACUGUAGUUUAACCUACUAAUCAUUAAUUUUUUUCUGAAAUGUUUAUAGUUUGUAGUCUUGUUGGAAGGUUUAUUUAUUUAUUUUUUUAAAGUUUUACUUAAACCUGUCUGUUUCCUGUCAACCAUUUUGGAAAUUAUGUCAUUGUUUGAUGCCCAUAAGAAGCAGAGAGCUGUGAUUAAAUUUAUUGCUUUCAGGGGGGAACCACCAUUAAACAUUUUCAAAAGGUUGACAAAAUAUGUAUGGGGUUAGGGUUGUGUCAUCAAUGAUGACAUGACAGUGACGCCAUCAAUGGUGACUCUACCAUCUCUGACCAGUGCCUUAGCCCGAGCACUAUUUCCAGGAUUAAACACUGAAGAUGGUCUGCUGCUUCUUUGCUUCUCACGAUGGUGAUUUAAAGCAGGCUCUUCUAAGUUGACUUUGAUCCAGGACACGCAACUUUUGACUGUGCUGAAGCCUCUUGCAGCUUCCCCAUACACAUUCUGCAUCCUUUUGAAAAUGUUUAGCGGUGGUUCC